GCCAUUACCGACUGGAAUGAGAGGGGAGGGAGUCGGGCUCGGAUUACACGCAUACCGAAAAUUCUGUGUUAAUAAAUCCAAACCGAUCGUGGAUGAGAUUUAGUGCGGAUUAAUCGCGCCUCUGUACCGCCUGGACUGUCCUGAGUCUGACCGGGAGAGGGAUUUACUGGGAAUAAUAAAGGGAGAUCUUCGGGAAUGCCACCUCCUUCCUCUCCGCGGUGUCGGGAGAUGGGAGCGACCAUGUUAGGUAGGUGAUGCCCAAGGAGAAGCUCAGCUGCUCCAGAACCGCCGAUCCCGAGCAAAGGAAUAUACACAACUGUUCAGAGUGAGAAAUGAAAAUGCAUCACAAGUAACCAAUGGAACUUUAUCAUUGCCUCGCUGGCAGACUUCGCUGAGAGUAACAAGGCAAUGAGAGGGUCUAUAUAAUGGCCAAGAACAAAGAGCCCCGUCCACCGACCUACACGAUCAGUGUAGUUGGGCUCUCAGGCACUGAAAAAGAAAAGGGCAACUGCGGUGUGGGCAAGUCCUGCCUAUGCAACAGAUAUGUGCGUCCCAGCGCAGACAGCUACUACUCGGAGCACACUUCUGUGUUGAGCACAAUCGACUUUGGAGGUCGCGUGGUGAACAAUGAUCACUUCCUGUACUGGGGGGAAGUGUUACACAGAGGAGACGAUGGCCUUGACUGUCGGAUUCAAGUCAUCGAACAGACUGAAUUUAUCGACGACCAGACCUUUCUGCCUCAUCGGAGCACAAACUUGCAACCCUAUUCAAAGCGGGCUGCAACGACAAAGCUGCAGUCUGCUGAGAAACUGAUGUAUAUUUGCACAGAUCAGCUUGGCUUGGAGCAGGAUUUCGAUCAGAAGCAGAUGCCUGACGGAAAGCUGAAUAUCGACGGUUUUGUCCUGUGCAUAGAUGUAAGCAAAGGAUGCAACAGGAAAUUUGAUGACCAGAUGAAAUUCGUCAAUAGCCUUUACUCGCAAAUUGCCAAGUCAAAAAAGCCCAUCAUUAUUGCUGCAACAAAAUGUGAUUCGUGUGUAGAGCAGUACUUACGGGACGUCCAGACUUUUGCUGCAAGCAAAAAGAACGUUCUGGUGGUCGAGACUUCAGCUGUAUCAUCUGUCAACGUGGACCUCUGUUUUAACGCGCUAACCCAGCAAAUGGACAAAACACGAGGUAAACCCAAAAUUAUCCCUUACUUAGAGGCUUACAAAGCUCAGAGACAAUUAGUAGCCGCAGUCACGGGCAAGUUUGAAAAGCUUAUAGUGCAGUCAGUCAGAGAUUAUCACAUGAGUUGGAAAGGAGUAAGCAACUCGUUAAAAAACCAGCCCGACUACGAGGAAUACAUUACUUUGGAAGGUACUCGAAAGGCCAAAAACACCCUUUCAAAGCAUAUUGAACAGCUGAGACAAGAGCAUAUUAAAAAGAGAAGAGACGAUUAUCUUUCCAGUUUGCCCAAAAUUCUCAACAAAAUGCUGAACAACUUGGAAGAGAUCGAGAACUUGAGCUGGACAGAUGCUCAGAACUUGUUGAAAAGCAAGAACGAGUUUCAGUACUACUUUAUUGUUUUGGACCAAACCCCAUGGGACGAGACAGACCACAUUAACAAAACAGAUGACCGAAGAGUCCCCUUUGACAUCCUUAGAACUGCAGAAGGUGAGAGGAUUUACCAAAAUCAUGUGCAGCAUUUGAAAUCCGAAAAAAGGCGACUGGAAAUGAAGGAAAAGUUCAAAAAGACACUGGAGAGAGUGCAUUUCAUUAGUCCCGGUCAACCAUGGGAGGAAAUUAUGUGUUUUGUCAUGGAGGAUGAGGCAUACAAGUAUAUCACAGAAACUGAUCGCAGAGAUGUGUAUGCGCUUCAUCAGCAGGAAAUAGUGGAAGGAGCCAAAGAGGAGUUUCAGGAAAUGCUUUUUGAGCACGCCGAGCUGUUUUAUGACUUGGAUUUAAAUGCCACCCCAAGCUACGAUAAAAUGAGUGAAAUCCACACUGUCCUAAACGAGGAACCCAGAUACAGAGCGCUACAGAAACUUGCCCCAGAUAGGGAGUCCCUUUUACUGAAACACAUCGGAUUUGUUUAUCAUCCCACCAAAGAGACAUGUCUGAGCGGUGUAAGCUGUGUGGAUCUAAAAGUUGAGCAGGUGCUUGCAAAUAGGUUGGUUCAGCUGGACCACGGUCGGCCUAACCUCUACUACAACAGCUCCAAUCUCGAUAAAGUGAACUUGUGUCUUCUUGGCCGUGAAGGACUGGCUCAAGAACUUGCUAAUGAAAUAAAAGCUCAGUCCACAGAUGAUGAAUAUACCCUUGAUGGUAAGAUCUAUGAAUUAGAUCUCUUACCUGUUGAUGUAAAUUCUCCCAUGCUGUUGAACCAUUCCUGGCUAUCAAAUUUCAAACCUCAUGGGUUCUUCUGCGUCUUCAGUUCAAUAGAGUCGCUUAAUUACAUCGGUGAUCGCGUAAACCGAAUCCGAGCUGAGAUGUCUCAGGGCAGACGGGACAGAUUUGCCCAGCCAUCGCCAUUUAUUCUAAUCUUAGCUAGUCAGCGAGACAGUGUUUGCAAAAACAUGCCUAUUUUAAGGCAUCAGGGUCAACAGCUUGCCAAUAAGCUACAGUGCACGUUCAUAGACAUGCCUUCUGGGACCUUUCCCCGAAAGUUUAACGAGUCUCAAAUAAAACAAGCACUGAGAGCAGUCCUAGAAGGCCUAAAGCACAAUUUUGACUUAAUGAGUCCUGUGCCCUCUAUCAAAGAUUUGUCUGAAACGGACUUGCGAAUAGUCAUGUGCGCCAUGUGCGGCGAUCCGUUCAGCGUGGAUCUUAUUCUCUCGCCUUUUCUGGAUUCACAUUCCUGUAGCGCUGGUCAGCCUGGGCAGAGCAACACCCUGUACCUCGAUAAAAUCAUCGGUGACAGUCGCAGGCGCAUUCAGGUCACCGUCUUGUCAUACCACUCUUCGAUUGGAAUUAGAAAGGAUGAACUGGUGCAUGGAUACAUACUUGUCUACUCGGCAAAACGAAAGGCUUCCAUGGCUAUGUUGCGGGCAUUCUUGGCUGAGGUCCAAGAUGUCAUUCCGGUCCAAAUGGUAGCCAUCACGGACAGCCAGGCUGAUUUCUUCGAGAACGAGGCAAUCAAGGAGCUGAUGACUGAGGGGGAACAUAUUGCUACAGAAAUCACAGCUAAAUUUACUGCACUCUACUCGCUGUCGCAGUACCACAGGCAAACGGAAGUCUUUACACCAUUUUUCAACGAAGUGCUCGAGAAAAAGAACAGUAUAGAGAGCUCCUUCAUGUUCGAUAACACACGGGACCAUGGCACCUUGGAAGAUGUCUUUCCUCAGUCACCACACAACCAUUCACCAGCCUACCCCAGUUACCCUGACUCUGAGGAUGACGCAGAGGGACCACCACCAUAUAGCCCUAUAGGGGAUGAUGUGCAGCUGCUGCCCACACCUAGUGAAAGAAAGUAUAAAAUUGACUUGGAAGGGAACGAGUACCCAAUUCAUAGCACGCCUUUAGGUGAUCAUGAACGCAACCACAAAGUGCCUCCCCCAGUUAGACCAAAACCUGUGCUAAACAAGCCUAAUGUUAAGAAACUGGACCCUAACCUUUUGAAGACCAUUGAGGCUGGAAUGAGGCCUAGCAGGAGGACACGAGGGCCAGCUAUGGUCCAUGAUGACCUUGAGGUGGCUGAUAAUUACUCAGAUCCAGCAGACACUCUGCCCAAGUCGAAAGGUUUCAACGACGAUAUUUAUGCUGUUCCAGAGGACGCCCACGGCAGGAUACUAAAGAUGCGCAACUCGUUUGGCGGCCAUCAUGUUUUUUAUGGCGAUGAGGAGAACGGAUUUGAUCGUACUUUAAAGUCGCAGGCUAGCAGGCGACCGUCCAAAUACAAACAUCGGUCAAAGAUCCUUUUCAGUAAGACAAAAGCGUACCACAGACGUGUCCACUCUGAUGUCAGCGACGACGAAUCAGGGCCAGCAGUGCAAAAGAAGAAAAAAGGCAGGGGGAACCGUGGAAGUGAAGAGGACCCUUUACUGUCACCUGUGGAUGCGUGGAAAGGAGGCAUAGACAAUCCAGCCAUCACUUCAGACCCAGAGCAGGACGAUAAGAAGCUGAAGAAAAAGAAAGCAGCGAAAAAUAAAGAACCUAAAAAGGUUAAAACAAAAGUUCCAAAGCCAUUGUAUCCACCAACUCGAAGAAAUUGGGAAAGCAACUAUUUUGGUGUCCCUCUACAGAACUUGGUCACUCCAGACAGGCCUAUUCCUUUGUUUAUUGAGAAGUGUGUGGACUACAUUGAACGCACAGGGCUCACCUCAGAAGGCUUGUAUCGUGUGUGCGGCAACAAGACUGAUCAGGACAACAUUCAGAAACAGUUUGACCAAGACCACAGUGUGGAUUUAAUGGCCAUGGAUGUUGCUGUGAACGCUGUAGCCGGGGCACUCAAAGCGUUCUUCGCUGAUCUACCAGACCCACUCAUUCCCUACAGUCUCCAUCCAGAGCUUAUAGAAGCAGCUAAAAUAAUGGACCAUAUUGAACGACUGCAAGUGCUGAAGGACAUUGUGAGGAAAUUUCCAUCUGUGAAUUAUGAAGUUUUCAAAUUUGUGAUCACUCACCUCAACAGGGUGAGCCAGCAGAGUAAGACAACGCUGAUGACGGCGGACAAUCUGUCCAUCUGCUUCUGGCCGACGCUUAUGAGGCCCGACUUUGAAAACAAGGACACGCUGUCCACAACCAAACUCAACCAGUCGGUCAUCGAGAGCUUCAUCCAGCAGUGCAACUACUUCUUCUAUGGCGGUGAAAUAAUCGAGCCUUCCGGCGCCACUGGAACGUCACCUCCACACGCCGCGCACAUGGGACACGCUGGGCACGGCAUGGUGGAGUCCCUGCUGGCUCUACAGCUCCCUCCUCCACUGCAGCCACAGCAGAUUCAACACCCGCUGCCCCCCGAACCCCUCAUUUAAGUCACCUUUAUAAAAUGCGAAAGGGAAAAUAACUAAAGCAAAAUUCAUUUUUGUAUCGAGGUGAUGAAUUCACAUCACAUGUCACAGAUAUGCAUUUUCUUAAAAACAAAAAACAUACACACAACAAAUCAAAAACAAAUUAAUUUACAUUUCUGUGACUGGAAAGAAGAAAAAGGAAAAAGCCUGAUGAUUUGUUCAGGAAAUGCGGCGAACUGGUCUGGCCAGACAAGCAUGACUGCAAAUAUAAGGAAGAUAUAUUUAUACUACAAGAUUUUUUUUUUCGUAGGACAAUUGAACCAUUCUGUGUACACUACAUGCACAAUCUAUUUUAAUGGCUUUAUCUUGUGUCAUUUUUUUUGUCUUGUUUUUUUUUUUCCUUUUCUUUUCUCUGAAAAGACUUCUUUUUAUAGAAAUAUGUUACUUAAAAAAAAAAAAGAAAAGUAACAUGGUGAUGGAGUCCUGAGCCCAUUGGACUGUUUUGAGAAUUGCAAAAACACCUAAAAACACACACACAAACACAAAAUACGCAGCCUGGGAUGGACACCAGCAGUAAAAAUCACGCUCCUCACCUUAGGAAAACCACCGAAGGGAAAAACUCCACUGGAACUCUUUGGCACAUCUGAGAAAAGCAGGUGUUAGGCUGUUGCCUCGUUCCUCGCUCCUCCUUCAGUCCUUUUUAGACCUUUUUGUUGGCUUUCAUGUUUUUUUUAUUUUUUUGUUUUGUUCGUUGGUUUUUGUUCCGUCUCGAAGUCUUGUUUUUGCACACCAACAUGCAUUGAUGUUCUUUAACUAAAUUUGCAUGUCAUUUCCCACUUGUAAUAACUGAAAGAAAAAAAGACGUACAAACUUAACUGUUUUUUAUGCAAGAUUUUUUUUUUUUUACACAAUCUUAUUUGAGGGAACAUGGGGUAAAACAGGGGUAAAAUUAUAUCUGCUUAUUUUAUCUUGCCAUAGGUUAAUUUUUAAUAUCUUUUUGUUUCUUAAUCAUUUCUCUAAAUAGAGAAAAAUAUCUAUAUAUAUGAAUAUAAAUAUAGAAAAUCUAUCUAUCUAUAUAUAUAUAUAUAAAUAGACUAUAUAAGUAUAUAUAUCAGCACAAUUUGCUGAUAAAUCAUGGGGUACUGGAGCUCUGUAUAAUCUUGUAAAACUUAUAACCAGAUUUCUUUGUGUUUUGCUGUACUAAAAAUUGGACUUAGAUUAAGCGAUUGUACUUAAUAUUCCCGAUCUAAAAAGAUUUUUUGUUUUUCCUUUCUUUCCUUUUUUUUUUUUGUAGAUGGUACUGAAUUUCGUUCCGCUGUAACAAGAUGCUGCUUAGAAAGUUUAGUCUUCAUGUGGAAACUAGCUCGACACAGGCAUGGGUAGAUUUGAGGGGUUGAUAUGCGGUCAGAGAAAUAGUCAAAUAGUUUCUUUCAGAAACUUCGUAAGAAGACAAUUUAUAUCUCAGUCAAAUCAACAUAACAGGAAAAGGGCUCAAAAGGUUUGGGGGAAGCGCACUGCUGCUAGGAUCCCAUUUGUGUAGUUAGAAAAAGCAACAUUUGUUCAUAAAACCUGCCUCAUACAAACCUGUUGUACAAACUGAAAACAAAAAAUAACAUCAUUGCUAUGUAUUAUAGUAAAUAAAUGAUUUUGACAAA